UUUAUUUUUCUGCACCGAAAGGAAGUCUGUCUCACGCAUGCGCAUUGUAGUUCUAUCACACACGUGCACCAUGGAGCCUACAGCAGAAGAUAAAGUAACCCUGGACCAGUUUCAGGUGAAGAAAGCUGUGCAGGCGUUGCAGGCGUAUUUGAAGAGCACCUCGAGUAAGAAGCUUCUCGAUGAAACUCAACAAAUGUGUCUUCUCCUUACGUUUUGGAAGAUCCCCAGUCAAGAGCAAACCAUUCGCAUUCCUCUGCCUCACGCACUCCACAGCGAGUCUGUCGAGGUUUGCCUCUUCACGCGGGAUGAACCUAACAUGACUGCAGAUCAGACAGAAAGGUUCUACAAGAAAUUACUCACACAGAGUGGGGUCAAGUUUAUGCCUCAGGUGAUUCCUUUCAAAGUACUGAAGACUGAAUAUAAGCCGUUUGAAGCCAAGAGGAGACUGCUUGGCAACUUUGACAUCUUCCUUUCAGACGCACGCAUUCGCCGCCGCUUACCUUCCCACAUUGGGAAACAUUUUUAUUUGCGGAAAAAGGCUCCGUUGUCGGUGGAUCUGGGGAGCAAACACCUGGCCAGAGAUUUGGAUCGGCUUGUUCAGGGCACAACCCUCAACGUCAACAAAAAAGGCUCCUGUUGCCUGGUGCGUGUAGCACACUCGGGGAUGACCACAGAUGAGAUUGUUGAGAACAUAAUCACGGCUGUUAACACUGUUUCAACCAAGUUGCGUUUGAAGGGAAAAAGCAUCAAAAUCAUCCAUCUGAAAAGUCACACCUCUAUAGCUCUUCCCAUCUACACCUCUGACCUGAGCCACCUGACGCUGCUGGAGGAGGAGCAGAAGAAAGCCAGAUUAGCAAAGGAAAUAAAGCGGAAGCAGAGACAACAGAAAUCCGGUUCAGAUGUGAACAACGAUGAUGCUAAAGAAGCAGUAGUCGAGAAGGAUGUUGAGGGAGAUGGUGGUGAAGGUGGUGAUGAUGGUAAAGAAAUACAUGAAGAGGAGGAGAUUCCACAGCUGGUUCCUAUCGAGACCCCAAGUAAAAAGCCUAAGCUGGAGGCCACAUCGAAAAAAGGGUCAAAGAAAGUGGCCAAGCCAGCUCCGACCAAAAGAGUGACAAAACCCAAGCAAGGACAGAAGACACUUGGCAAAAAAGUACCAAAAGCUCAACAAAAGAAACAGAAAAAAGCAUCUGUCUAAAAUGUCUGUAUACAUAACAAUGUUUUUCUUUCACAUUUAUCUAUAUUUGUCAGUGCAAAGACAAGACUUGUAUUAAAAACUAUUACUUGUAUGUCUCUGGUGUCUGUUUAUACCUGCCAUAGUUACAUAUGGCUAAUUUGUAGAGUUCCAAGAAAUAAACCCUAUUGACUCAUUUA